GAUGCUGAAGAACAUUGGAGGGCAAUUUAUAUGUUGUGUGCUUUUGCAUGUUCUUGUUGCUGGAGGUGAGAGUCUAGAAGCACCAGAACUUAAGCAGAAAAAGUGCACCUACGUGAUCACCAUAGAAACCACAUGCACAUGGGGAGCCGAAACCUCAAACCUAGUGAGCCUAAGGUUUGGGGACACAAACUCAAAUGGCAUAUUGGUGAGGCACCUAAACUCCAAGCACCUAAGGAAAGUUGACCCAUUGGAGCCAGAGGUUUUGGAUGACAUGCCAAGGAAGCCAUUUCAAGCAUGCAUGGUGGACCAAUUCGUGGUGACAGCACCAUGCGUUGAGUCCCCCAUUUGUUAUUUGUACCUCAAGCUUAUUGGUAACGAUGAUUGGAGACCAGGGUUUGCACAUGUUCAAGUGCUUGAAGGAUCGCAUCUAAGCUCAGAUUACUUCUAUUUCAGGAGAUAUAUGCCUAGACACGUGUGGCAUGGCUCCGAUGUGUGUGAUAGUGAGGUCACACCUUUCGGUCUCAAGAAGAAGAAAAAGGUUUAUGUGCACAUUCCAUAGUCUAGUAAUUAUUAUAAUUUCAUACAACUUGUUUUAUUUUGUUUUCGAUCUAUCUUUUGGGUAUGUGAAAGAAGAAAAAUCGAUUCUUCUUCAUAUGUAGAGUAGUUGAAUACUGAAUAGUGUCUUUAAAGUUACGGGAUAAGUGUAUAGAGUAUAGUAGUGUUGGACAAUGUACGUUACGAAUUAAUAACGUAAUAAAUUAGACUAUGUAAAGAUCGAACAUGGUUUUUCUUGGUGUUUUAUUAUUAUUAUUAUUAUUAA